AAUGACUUUCAUAUUGCGGUAAAGAACGUUACAAUUCAUUAAUUGUGUAAUUAAAAUCCCUAUCGGCCGCAGAUUUUUCUGCGAACAUGGGGAGAUUCAUUCUUCUAGUCUUGAUUGGUGCAUUUUUAAUAAAGAAUGCUGCAUCAUCAUCAAUUCAUCAUGCAUAUCCUAAAAAUCUGGCAUGGUUAUUUGGUUUGAACGAAAAUAAACUAAAUGAAAACAAGCAGGAGACGACAGGGAAUGUGUGUACAAGCAAGGAAUGCGAAUCAAUUGGUAAGAUAAUAUCGCAGAGUAUAAACCCAUCUGUAGAUCCGUGCGACGACUUCUACGAAUAUGCUUGUGGAAAUUGGGCGGAACAUAAUCCCAUUCCAGAAGGAUACGCUGCGUGGAGUUUAUUUAAUAAGCUCCAAGCGAAAGUACAAGAACAAGUAGACAAUAUUUUGGCAGAAGAACCUAAAAAAAAUGAUAUUUUGGCGUUAAAACUUGCAAAAAAAUGGUAUACGGUCUGCAUGGAUACAGAUGCGAUGGACAAGGAAGGGCUUGAUAAAAUACUUGUCACUCUAUCGCGUAUAGGCGGUUGGCCGAUGACAAUGGAGCCAGACGAAUGGAAUGAGGAAGAAUAUAGUUGGCAAAAAGUAGACGAUCAAUAUGUGCGCUUGACAGGAAGGAAUGCUUUUCAUGAUGUUCGCGUAAACGGUUAUUCACCAAAUAAGACCGUACAGAUCGAUGUUCCACAUUUACCUUCGGGUACAUUGAAACUAUGGCUUGAAAACUGGAUUGAGAAUGAAGAUUUUGAAGAUGAUGAUAAUGAAGAUCCAAGUAAUGAAGAACAGACCGAGGAGGAUAAUGAGGUGUCUGGAAGCGGAGAUAACGAAAUUUACGAUGACGACGAAGAUGAUGAUGACGACGAAGAUGACUAUGACGAUGACGAUGACGAUGACGAUGACGAUGACGAUGACGAUGACGAUGACGAUGACGAUGACGAUGACGAUGAAAAUGACUAUGACGAUGAAGAUGAAGAUGAAGAUAGUGAAGAUGACGAUGAAGAUAGUGAAGAUGACAAUGACGACGAUGAUGACGAAGAUGAUGAUGACGAUGACGACGAAGAUGAUGAUGACGAUGACAACGAAGUUGAUCGUGAAGAUAAAGACGCUGCGAAAAAACAGAAUAAAGAUAAAAAAAAGAAAAUUGCAAAGAGGAAAAUUGGCAAGAAAAAAUCCACAAACAAGUUAUAUCGAAAAACUCAGAAAAAAAAUAAAAAUAUACAGCACAAUAAAAAGACAAAGAGUAACACUCGAAUUCUCAAUAGUCAUAAGAUGAAGAAACAAAGAGUAAAAAGACGAGCUGUAUCGACAAAGAUUCAUAGUAAACGCGCUCAGCAUCUUACUCAUCGUGAGAAAUUGCAGAAGAGCAGAAGGAAUCAUGAAAGAAAAGUACAGGACAAAGAGAGGCUGAAGAAAACUUUGAAAACAGUCAGGUCUAUAACGGCGGAAAGCACAGAAGAAACGAGUGAUGAAGAAGACAGUACUACAUUAACGAUGGUAUUAUACGCUACUUACAUUUUCGAAGUAGCUAGCGCUAUAGCUGAAGAGAGAGGCACUGAGCUCUCAGAAGAUCAAUUUCUAAAGGAUAUCGAAGACCUGGUCGAGUUUCAGGUGAACCUAGCGCAGAUUGUUUAUGAUACUGAAGGGGAAGGGGAAGAGCUGAAGUUGACGCUCGAUGAAUUCCAACAAUGGUAUGAUGAAAAAAAGCCUGAUACUGUUAAUAGAAAUGCGCAAAUCAAUUGGGUGUAUAAAAUUGCGGAAUUAUUUGACGAAGCUCAUGUUCCUGUGGAUGACGAUUUAAAUUUAAAUGUUGACCAAUCAGAUUAUUUUGAGGCUCUUGCCGAUUUACUAAACGAGACACCAAGUCGAACGAUCGUGAACUACAUACACUGGAACUUUUUGAGCAGGAUGAUAGAAGCUACUACAAAUGAAAUGAGAGAAUUAUACAACGAAUGGGAAGAUUGGGAUCCUUUGGAAGAUGAAGAUGAAGAUGAUGAAGAUGAAGACGAUGAAGAUGAAGACGAUGAAGAUGAAGACGAUGAAGAUGAUGAAGAUGAAGAUGAAGAAGACGAAGACAGAUCAUCCAAAUGCUUGCGUCAGGCACAACUGCGUGACAUUCUAUCAUACGAAUAUGUGAAAAGACAUUACUCAGACGAUAUUACAAAAUCUGCAGAGGAUAUGGUCGACGAUAUACAAAAGGAAGUAGAAUAUCAAAUUAAAGAAUCAGAAUGGCUAGAGGAAGAUAUUAAGGAUUAUGUUUUGGCGAAACUAGUGAAUAUGAAAAAAUAUAUUGGAUAUCCAGAUUGGUACAGAAAUAAUACUAUCGUUAAACAAUAUUUCCAAGGACUCAUUAUAGGCAAAUCGUAUUAUGAGAAUUUACUUAGCUAUAGCAGAUAUAGUAAAUGGAAACAGCUACGGGAGUUAAAGAAGCACCGUGGUGAUGACGAAGAGGACGUAUGGUGGAUGAGUCCUUUGACAGUAAAUGCCUUCUUCUCUCCUGAUGCGAAUUCUAUAAGCCUUUCGGCGGCGGAUUUCCAAAGUCCAUUUUACGCUUCUGAUCGACCACAGGCUGUUAAUUAUGGCAUUGUUGGAGUUAUCAUGGCUCACGAAGUUAAUCACGGAUUCGAUAAUGAUGGGAUCUAUUACGAUAAGAAUGGCAAUAAUUUAGAUGAUGAUGAUAAUUUUGUGGAAUGGUUAUCUAUAUUGUCUCGAGAGUACGGCAAAAGAGCAAACUGUUUUGUACAGCAAUUUAAUAGUUAUCCUCUUGAAAAUAAUUCAACUAAUAAAUUAAAGAAUUAUGGCAAUCAAACGUCGGGUGAGAAUAUCGCGGAUACAAUGGGAUUACAAGCCUCGUACAGGGCUUAUCAAAGGAGGACAAGAGAAUGCGGACAACCGGAUGUGUCAUUGCCGGGCUUGGAAAAAGUCACUCACGAUCAACUCUACUUCCUAUCUUUUGCCAAUGUGUGGUGCGAAGCUACCCUUAAUCCCAAAGUUAAUGAGGCAAUAGCUUCGAGGGACGUACAUAGUACUGGACGUUUAAGAGUGAUAGGAUCUGUUUCGAACUCAGAAGACUUUGCCAAGGCUUUUAAUUGCCCUGUUGGUAGUAAAAUGAAUCCCAAAAGAAAAUGCAAUAUCUGGAAAUAACGGAUAAGAUAAAGAAAUCAAACUUGAGAGAUCAAUAUAAAAACUCAUCAUCUAAAAGUAUUUAACAAAAAUUGUUUAUCCACUUAUAUCGAUGAAUAAACUGAAACUGCAAAUCGUGUAAAGAAGAUUUGUCAUUUGUGCAUCGUGGAGUUUUUUCACAGGUUUGAAGUUUUUAUUACGAUCUGAUCUUAAUUGAAGAAAAUAUCUUGCGUAAAUAAUUUAUUCAAGUAUAUUGAUGAAUGAAGUGAUGCAUGUAUACAAAAAAAACACUUGUCAUUUUUUCAAAAGUUUUCUGUAAAUUCGUCAUGAUUACGAUAUGUAAUUAUACAUAAUUUUAUUUUUCUUACGUUCAUUUUUUAUCAGACUAGUUUGAAAAGCAAUGUUUGGCCAGUUUUUAAUGAAUUAAAAGAUGAAUGAAAAAUUCUA